CAAAAAAUAAAAUACGCAAUUCAUAUAAUAUGGGAAUAUAUACAUAUAUAUAUUAACGGGCGGGGCUUCGUUAUAAAAGAAAUACAAAAAAAAUGUUCGACCCAAGAUUUGGAGGAAAUGAAUUUAGGGCCGGGAAAUAUUUUGAAAAUUGGAGAAAAUUGUCAACGUGACUAUCAGUGUAUUAAAAAUGCGUUUUGUCGAUCACAAUCUACUUGCAUGUGUGACCCUCCAUAUACGGCGAGUAUUGAUGGAACUGUUUGUCAUGCAGCAUCUGGAACAAUUUGCGGACCUGAAAUUGAAGACUGUUCGACAAUGUCUAAUUCUGCCUGCAUACAAGGUGUCUGUGCAUGCAAAGACAAUUAUUUUUUAGACAUUAAUAAUUCGUCGAAUUGUAUUAUCAGGCCAUCACAUGCUGGUGAUAUUUGUCAACGUACUGACGAAUGUGCUGACGCACUAGACGGUGCACUUUGUGUUAAUAAUAAAUGUAAAUGUUAUGGUAAUUUUAUAUUUGUCAAUCAAACUGGAAAAUGUAUCCAAGCCUUGGGAAUUUAUAUGCCAUGUAAAUAUGACUAUCAAUGUUAUGAAGAAGGAAAACCCGAUGGACUUAUUUGUCGUGAUGGUGAAUGUGCUUACAAAAUUAAUGCAGGCUCGUCAAUUUUUUCUAUUCAUCUGCUGACUUUUUUGGCAGUCGAAUUUUUUUCAAUUAUUUUUUAAUUAGAAAAUAAAAUUAAUUAUUAAAAUUUUUUUUACUAACUUUUAUAUA